GACAGGUGAAUGUGCUAUAACCUGCACUAGGAUCCAGCCUUCUUAUGAACAUCAGUCAGGAUUCCAUGUUGAAUUUGUAUAAAUUAGCUGCUUCCUAAACUGUGUAGGGAUGAACUUGCUAUUGGUAUUCAGCCUGUAGUGUAUAGUGUGUCACUGACACUGUCCCCAUUAGUAUGUAGCUCAUUAUACUGGUUACUACACUCACUGUAAACUCUGCAGGUAUACGCCGUCCUUUCAACUAGGAACAAGCCACAGCCCUGCCCUUUCAGCUCAAGCUCCGCCUCCUGCCAGGCACACGUGAGAAUCGAACUAAUGCCAAGCAUUGUUUGGAACUUUGCGCCCUGCACUUGACCAGGGAACUGACAUCUUCUUACUCAGUAGCCAUUUAUGAAGUAGUAAUGCUCCGGAAGCCUUUUACUAGGAAGCAGCGUAACCCAAGUUUCAGCUCUCCAUAUCCCUUCCCAAGCCUGCUCCCCUUCUUAUGCCUCCAGGGUGACUCGUUCCACUUCCUGUUUAUUGCCCCUUAACAACCAAAUACGCCCUUUGCGUCUCCGUGCCACUUACUGAUAGGCCAAUGACGCUGUCAGUCAUGUCUGUUGCUAUAGCGAAGGGCGGGGCGCGAGUGGAAUUUGUCUCUGGCACUUGUAGGUAGUUUGGCUGCAGUGGGAUACAGAAAGGCGAGACCGGUCAAAUUAGAGCGCCGCACAGCGGCCUUAACCACUACCGCCUGUAGCCUACUUUGUGCCCGGCUUCGCCCACUAAAGCUUCGUGUGGGGCCUUAUUCCCCUUUAAGCUUGCCGCCCUAUCUCUGUGCUGGGAAAAAUGAAGAUGAUAGUGGAUUUCGAGGAGUGUCUGAAGGAUUCGCCCCGCUUCAGGGCAUCUUUAGAAGAUGUUGAAGGUGAUGUGUCAGAGUUAGAAAUUAAGCUUGAUAAGCUUGUGAAACUUUGUAUUGGAAUGAUUGAUGCUGGAAAAGCUUUUUGUGCUGCCAAUAAGCAGUUUAUGAAUGGAAUUCGGGACCUUGCGCAGUAUUCUAGUAAAGACUCUGUGAUUGAAAACAGCUUGACAAAGUGUGCAGACAGUUUACAGGAGAUGAUCAAGUACCAUGCAAUGCUUUUUGACCAAGCCCAACGAUCAAUCAAAACACAGCUUCAAACAUUUGUUAAAGAGGAUCUUAAAAAAUUCAAAGAUGCCAAAAAGCAAUUUGAUAAGGUCAGUGAAGAAAAAGAAAAUGCUUUGGUGAAAAAUGCACAGGCUCAAAGAACCAAACAACACGAGGUAGAAGAAGCAACCAACAUUUUGGUAGCAACACGAAAAUGCUUCAGACACAUUGCUCUGGAUUAUGUUCUACAGAUAAAUGUACUCCAAUCAAAACGAAGGUCUGAAAUUUUGAAGUCUAUGUUAUCAUUCAUGUGUGCCCACCUGACCUUCUUCCAUCAGGGCUAUGAUCUUUUUAGUGAGUUAGAGCCAUAUAUGAAGGACCUGGGUGCACAGUUAAAUAAUCUUGUUGGUGAUGCUGCAAAGGAGAAAAGAGAUAUGGAAAUUAAACACUCAACAAUUCAGCAAAAGGAUUUUGCUGAUGAUGACACCAAACUGGAAUGUAAUGUCGAUACAACCAGUGGGAUUGUUAUGGAAGGAUACCUCUUUAAACGAGCCAGCAAUGCCUUCAAAACGUGGAACAGGAAAAAGCCAGACCACACCAGACGCUGGUUUUCAAUCCAGAAUAAUCAGCUAGUUUACCAGAAGAAAUUUAAGGAUAACCCAACUGUAGUUGUUGAGGAUUUACGACUUUGCACAGUGAAGCAGUGCGAAGACAUAGAAAGGCGAUUCUGCUUUGAAGUGGUUUCACCAACCAAAAGCUGCAUACUGCAGGCCGACUCCGAUAAACUGAGACAUACAUGGAUCAAAGCUGUUCAAACCAGCAUUGCCACGGCUUAUAGAGAAAAAGGAGAUGAAGCAGAGAAAGCUGAGAAGAAGCCAUCUGUCUCCAUUACCACUCCAGUAUCUGAAGCAAAAGAGAUCUUAGUUAAAGGGGAGAGCGCACUUCAGCGGGUUCAGUGUAUCCCAGGCAAUACAAGCUGCUGUGACUGUGGGCUUUCAGAUCCCCGUUGGGCCAGUAUUAAUUUGGGCAUUGCCUUAUGCAUUGAGUGUUCAGGAAUACACAGGAGUCUUGGGGUGCACUUCUCCAAAGUGAGAUCUCUAACUCUAGACAUAUGGGAACCUGAGCUUCUAAAGUUAAUGUGUGAAUUGGGAAAUGAUGUCAUAAACAGUAUAUAUGAAGCUCGAGUGGAAAAAAUGGGAAUCAAAAAACCUCAGCAUGGGUGUCAAAGACAGGAGAUAGAAGCAUAUAUCAAGGCAAAGUACGUGGAAAAAAAGUUUGUGGAUAAGUACUCCAAGUCUUCACUAGUGGUCUACAAGAAAAGCCCUUCCCUGAGCAACAAGGCUGACGGUCUCAGUGUUGCUGAUAAAGGCCUCAGCUCAGAACCACUGACCAGAACACCAUCCAGGAGUUCAGUGAAAAGCAAUGACAGUGGGAUACAGUUCAGUGCUGAGUGUAGUCGUGAAGCUUUAGCAGGGACAACAUCUUGCAAUAGUCUGUUUGAUCAAGAUGGGGAGAAGAAAGAAGAAAAGCGAGAUUCUUCAGUGUUUCAGGAAUCAAAUGUUAAGAAACUCCUGCCUGGGCCUCAGUUGUACGAAGCUUCCUAUGAGGCAAAUCUUCCAGGCAUGGCUGAGGCAUUAGCUCAUGGGGCUGAAGUAAACUGGGUGAACACAAAAGAAAACAAUGCCACACCACUUAUACAAGCUGUGCGCGGGGGUUCUUUAUUAACCUGCGAGUUCCUGCUUCAGAAUGGGGCCAAUGUUAAUAUUCGUGAUAUUAAAGGAAGAGGGCCACUGCAUCACGCAACACUGCUUGGCCACACAGGGCAAGUUUGCCUUUUUCUGAAGCGAGGAGCAAACCAGCAUGCAAGUGAUGAAGAUGGGAAAGACCCUUUAAAAAUUGCCAUAGAGGCAGCUAAUGCAGACAUAGUAACACUAUUGCGGUUGGCACGUAUGAAUGAAGAAAUGCGUGAAUCAGAAGGACUUUACGGACAACCAGGGGAUGAAACGUACCAGGACAUUUUCAGAGAUUUUUCCCACAUGGCGUCCAACAACCCUGAAAAAUUAAACCGGUUCCAUCAGUCAGAUUCUCCAAAAUCUUGAUUGGUGUUCAAAAUAUGCUGUAUACUCCAAUGUCAUUAUAUUGGGAGGGGUCACAUGUUCCUAAAGUGGCAGCAAAGGGACUUGGGGGUAGGUGCAAAUGCUGGGUAGCUCGUAUCGACAAGAUCAUUUGUCUGUAAAAAUUAUUUUUGUAGGGUGCUAUAGAAUCACAUGGAAGGCACAUCUGUUAAUCAACUUUUGGUGUAUUAAUACGGCCCGUGACUUUGUAAAAUCAAACUACCUUGCAUUUUAUUAAACAGAUUAGCAUUAUUAAGGUACAGAGCAGACCAAUAGUUUGCACACUCAAUAAAUGACCCUGUCAGUGAAAGUCAGCAGUGUAAUUAACAGCUUUCCAGAUAUGUCUGGCACAUAUCAUGUAGAAAUGGCAUGACUAAAAUGGAAGCACUGACAUUACCUACAGAAGGGCAGUCAGUAUAUUUCCACUGCAUUCUUUCUGCUUAGAGCCUUGGGAAGGAACACCAGAAUUUGUUUCCGUCUUUUUCUUUUAUGGAAGCUGUGAUGUAUGUUUAUAUGUAACGCAUUUAGCAGUUCUUAUUUCAUGAGAAAUGUAGUAAAUGUAAAAUAUUUUAGUUUGGCCUUACCUUGUCUAUAUGCCCAAUUCUUAUCAUCUAGAUUCUGUUUUUCAUCCUCUUCCCUUUAAUAAACCGCUGUUUUCUUGCAUAUGUAAUAUGCGCACACAUACUGACAGCCUAUAGGAAUGCUCCAAAAAUCACUUUGGGGGUCUUUAUAUAAGAUUUUUCAGAAUACUGCAUCCUUGCGUGCAUCUGCUACUUGCUAAUACGUGGGGAGGCAAGCAUUAAUGCAUGUUUCUAUAGGCAAUACAUUGAUGUCAGUUAUGAUGGAAUAAUCAGAUAUAUACAUUUUAUUGAUGCCUUGUGGCAAUAUGAUGGAAAGUAUUUUUAUCACUGUGUGUCAUUGCCGCAAUUUACGAAUGCACCUAUUUUUAAACACAAGUAUUUACUGCAAAGAGACAUGCAUAUUUACAUCUCACAUUCUUUCUGUGGGAGGCUGACUGGCAGCAAAUUGUUUUAUAAUUGCAAUAUAAAUGAACACAAUGCCUUAUUUCUAAUGACUGUUUCCUCCUCUGAAUAUAUGAUUAUGUGUAACGCACCUUGUUCAUGUUAUAGAUAAUGUUAGUUGUUGUAGUUCUAAAGCUGGCCAUACAUAUGGAGAUCGACAUGUUUGGCAAGGUCGACAAACUAAGGAUUAAUUAUAUUUUAGUUUGGAUAAAGUACAAUGUACUGUUUUAUUAUUACAGAGAAAAAGGAAAUCAUUUUUAAAAAUCGGGAUUAUUUGGAUAAAAUGUAGUCUAGGGAAGACGGCCUUUCCGCAAUUUGGAGCUUUCUGGAUAACAGUAAUGGUUCCCAUACCUGUAUAAAAAUAGGCUAAAAGCUGCAAAUCUGUUAUUGACAGCAGUGACGUAGAUGCAUUUUAGUAGUACAACAAUCCACUGAAGCAUUAACAUGGCACAUGUACGGACUGUAGGAAAUCUAUGGAACAAUGCAAAUAACGAAUAGAAUUUUCCUAGUGAAAAGUUCUUAUGCAAAUAUGUUGUUUAAUAGUCUAUUGUGAAAAAAACAGGACUCCUGAAAGCUUCACAGACAGGAGCAGCCAGACAAUUCUGUAUUAUACUAUAUAAGAGAAAUACAAAUCUGUUAGGAUUUAUAUAAGGUUGGCAACCAUGUCAAGCCUGUAUUGUAAAUAUAGUUCUAUAGUUUUAUGAUGGAACUAUUCGACAAUAAGAACACGCAGUUAGCGGAAAUCCAGUUGGAGUGGUCAAGAUUGCUUUCAUUGUUCUCCGGCUGAGAUCAGCUUAGAUGAGCCUGUGUCCACCUUUUUAUAUGGUCAAAAGCUUUUACCCACAACCUCAAGCUUCUGCUCCAUCCCUAUUGUAACCACUUUUCAAAAACAUGUUAAAAGGAUUCUGUCAUGAUUUUUAUGAUGUAUUUUUUAUUUCUAAAUUACAUUGUUUACACUGCAAAUAAUUCACUCUACAAUAUAAAACUUCAUUCCUAA